AUGUAAAUAGAAAUAGUUAGGCUGAGGCAGUUCAAUAGGCCCAAAAGCAAUUUCAAUCUUACUUUAAUUAAAUAAGGGUAAUAGGUUUUGGAAUUAACAAUGCAAAACUUUUCAUUUAACGAACUUCUUAACUACACAUAGAAUAACUGUAAAUAAAAAAUAUAUAGACAAUAUUUAAAUGGAUAAUUUUAAGAAAUACUUAAUGCAUUAGCAAAUACACAUGACAAUCAAAAUGUUAUUACAAUUCUGGAGAGUGAAUUUUCUUAAUUUGAUAAGAUUGAUAUAAGACAAAGUUAAGAAAAAAUUAAAAGAAAAUAAAAUCAUUUAUCAUAGUUUGGAAAUGAACUAUGUUAUUAAUUAAUUAAAAUCACGAUUAUUGAGGAGGAAAUUUGCUUGGUACUUUAAAUCAUCGAACAAUAAUGGUUAGAUAAUUGGCGGAUUUACACCUUAUAAAUGGAAAAUAGGAUCUUAUGGUAACUGUGA